CAGUACAUAGGGUACCGAGUACCACGUGACGUUCGCUCACGGUGCUAGAGCGCAAUGUUUGCGCAUGUUGCUCAUACUGUGCGCUUGCAUGUCCGUAGCCAUUUUGGCUCAAGACGUGUUUCUGCCUCCACUGCAACAGCGUAGUGAGCGCCCUGCGCAGUACACGCCAGGCACCGCAAGGAUGUCGAGCCUCGCAGGCGUCCACCUCCCGGCCGUCAGCAAUCCGUUUCCGCGACCGAGGCCGGCGCUGGCGUGGGCGGAGGCAUCCAGCGCAGCGCCCGCACCGAGGCCACCUUCGCACCCCAGGACGGCCCGCGGGCGCCCCGGCGUGGGCGAGCGGCUCCAGCGCCCCCCUCUGCGCAGACCGCUCGGCGGCCACGGCAGGGCCGCGCUGGGCUCCGACGUCCUCGUCCGCGGCAGGAUCCAUAGGCCCCUGGGGCUUCGUCCUUCCGAGCCUCGAGCUCAAAAGGCUUUCGAGCACCUUCCCGAGGUGGAGAAGUUCGUCACGGGGAUCUCCGAUCCUCGCCCCGGCAGCGGCACGCCCAGCUGGCACGCUGCGGAGGAGUUCACGGCGCCCAGGCCGUGGCCCAGAAUGGAGCUGGCCGGCAGCUCGGCAGCGAGCGACCACACGAGCGACACCGAGUCGACCUCAGACCUCUUCGCGAUGUCCCCAGAGCUCUCCGCGGCGGCCGCGGGACUCCGUCUGCCCAGCGCCGUCGCCAGCGAGGCCGAUCGGCCCCCCACUUGGCCGGGCGUCGUCCGCCCCACCGGCGAGCCCUUCCCGCCAAGCGCGCCGCCCGACCUCGACGGCCGCAGGGGGGCCCCGUGCGGCACCGGCCCGGGUCCGCGCGGCGGCGUGCCAGCUGGGCUGCCCCCACGGCCGCGGGGGGAGGCGCCCGCGCGGUGCCGCCCCAGCAUGGCCGGCAGGUCGCUGUCGGCGAGGGGCAGCGGGCUUCCGCGCCACGCGGCGCGGGCAGCUGCUGAGGACGAGGAGCUCUGUACAGCGUCAGGGGAGCGUCAGGGUUCGUGGCGUUGAUACGUGCCAAGACGUCCAGGCGUUCCAAGAUCCCCGAGUCCUCCCCACGGCCUGCAGGAGCGGGGGCCGCUGGACAUCCGUGGAGAUCCUGGAGCGCAUCCUGAGCCAGUCCUGUCAUGGUGGCAUCGUUGUCGUGCUGAGGUUGGCGAGCAGCUGGGCGGAGUCCGAGGCCGCGGGGGCCUACAGGAAGCAGCCGGGCGUGCAUUGUUUUGCCCCGUGGGCCCGGAGGUGGCAUGUUUGCUUGUCGGACAUCGCGUGAGGCAUCAAUUCGAUUGAGAUUUUUUUUCGUUGCCGAGAUUGCUAGCUACUCGUUCCUUCGUUUUCUUUCGAUCAAUUCAAUUCGACAGCUAGAUUGUGGCGUGUCAUGCCAGGACAUCGCCCCCUCAUCUGGAUUUUCCAUCAUGGCUUUCAUGCCGACCCGGGCCAGUGGCCCCAAUGGCGACGAUUUCGCGGGCGCCUACCGCGCAAAAUUGCAAUUGCGUACAACCUUUAAUGAGCAAUUGAACGAUUUAAUCGUGAUUGAGAAUUGCCCGCCAAGUCGUGCAACUCUUGGCCUUUAGUUUUGCUAUGGGUUGCUUGGAGGUGACUUUGCCACAGGCCAUGAAGUUGUUACUAGUAGGAGAGUGCGUUUUUUGUUGGGAUGGAGCGUUGCCGAGAGCGACGCUGCUGCACAAGACCUGAAGCACAGGGGGUGCACAGACAGAGUUCUUCAACACAUCCGUACGGAUCCGUUGCGAUUUACGACAUUCAUAGUUGGAGGGCGUCGUUCAAGAAGCGGGGGAUCCGCUGCUUGAAGUGCUUCUGAGUUCGCUGCACAUUACAUGGGCGCGCUCUCGAGACUCUGCGCGCUGCGCGCCCAAUAGCCCCACUCCCCGGGCGGCGCCAUCGGCGUCCAGGUGAUCGAACACUCCAUGGUACGAUGCCAUCUGGUCUGCCUUGCGGGGCGGGGA